GCUUUGACCCGGUCUGCCUGUUACUGACACACUGUAGAUUCUGCAUCUGCUGUCUUUUAGUGAAGAUUCUCUCUCCCCCUCUCUCUCUCUCUCUCUGUCUGUCAGUGUCUCUAUCAGUCUUCCUCUCUCUCCCUCUCUCCCUGUCUCUCUCAGUCUGCAGUGGGACAGAGCCAGGCUGUGCGUUAGCAUGUGUAGUAGGUGGGUGUGUGUGCAUGUGUGUGGGACUGUGCAGAGUGACAAGUAGCUGGAUGGCUCACCAGUGCAGACCUCGGCUCAGGCGUUCCUUCAGUGAACACAUAAAGGACUCCACCAACAAAGCGUGGGAUAUAAUCUGGAAAAACGCAAGAGAGAAAAGACUUUCAGAGAUUGAAGCAAAAGACGCCUGCGACUGGCUCCGAGCUGCUGGAUUUCCCCAGUACCCCCAGCUGUUUGAAGCAUUGCAGUUCCCCGUUGAUAUUGAAGUGGUGAAGAAUGACCAUGAAUUUUUAGACACAGAUGCCAUAGAAUCUCUGUGCAGACGAUUGAAAACGCUGAACAAAUGUGCAAUGAUGAAACUGGAAAUUGUUCGAGAUAGGAAAAAGAGCGACGAGUCUGAAGAUGAGGAGCCUUGCGCCAUUAGCCACAAGUGGACCUUUCAGCAGGACUGCAAGAGGUGGUCUCGAGUGGAGACCUUCGAACUGUUCCAUUCGGGACAGGGAAGCCUCUCCCUGCCUGGCAGCCCCUGCCUGCGGACCGUAGACAGCGACGAGAUCAUGUUCGCGGAGUUGGUGGAGAUACAGGAGGUGUCGUCGAUCCAUAGCAGCAGCAGCAGCAGCAGUAGCAGCGGCGGUAGAGUUGGUGAUACCACCACCUUGCCAAAACACUCCGUCCAAGCCUCGGGCUUUGACCCAAGCCGGGCUUCCUCCAGAUGCUCCUCUGCAAAGUCACCGUCUGCCGACCCCUGCUUCAGUGGCCCACCCUCCCCCAGAGACUUCCCCGCUCUGGCCCGCGAUGGCAAGUCCUCCAAGCCAAAGGCCAAAGGUCUACUGAAGAAGAUGGAGGGGUUUCGGUUGAGAGGUCGCGGCCAGCAGAAUCAGGGUGCCCACCCCAGGCAGAGGCCGGUCAUCGGCCACCCCGUGUUGCAGGAGGGCUUUGGCCAAGAGAAGCUGAGGAACUUGAACUGCGUGGGCUUGGCCGAGAUGGAGGAGCAUCUUCUGGGCCAGGACGUGUUGUGCUCCUCGCUAGCCUCCCGCAGCAGCAGCGGCAGCGGUGGCAGCACCGCCAGCAGCCAGUCCGGCAACAGCAGCAGCGCGGUCAGCACUCCCAGCCCCGUCCUGAGGACUCGAGGCCGAACCCUUCGCCAAGACAAUGUCAAUCCCACCCCGCGGGACAGCGGCGGUCCCCAGCCCGGGGGCGACCACUUGCUCUUCCACGUCCCGGGGGGACACGAGCCGGGGACGUUCCCCAAAGCCCUCCAGCACGGCUCGGCCGACACCUCGGUCAACUGGAGGACAGGCAGCUUCCACGGCUACCGGGGGAGCGGGGCGGCGAGGCUGAGCGGCGGGCCGAAUCCCCGGGGUGCGCUGGACAACCGGACCAGCAUUUACGACAACCUGCCCGGUGGCCACGUCCUCCCGGGGGACGAUGAUGAUGAUGAUGAUGUGUUCACAGAGUUAGACGAGGUCGCAGGCCACGGGAACGACCUCCAGGGGCUGGUGGCCAAGUGGACGGAGAAGUUUUCCGACGACGGCGAAUCGGACUCUGCGAACGACUCCACGUCUCCCUACCCUUCUUCUCCAAAGGAAAUCCACUUGGAGAUCGAGAAACACCCCGGGAGGGCACACGGGGAAACGACACCCAACGUGGCUGACAAGUCGGCCGGUGAAUUAGAUGCCCCAGAUGUUCAUUUUGACAGGGACUCUGGAGUCGGCUCAUCUCUGAAGCUCCCUAGCAGGCGGGGGAGAGACUGCUGGCCUAGUGAGAAGAACAUGAAUCAUCACAACCUCCACCUACACAUCGACGGCCAAUCUGCUGCCCAGCUCAACCUACUGCAGAAACUCGCUCUCCUGAAGCUGACUGCCCUGAUGGACAAAUACUCCCCCUCCAGCAAGCAGGGCUGGAUCUGGGCUGUUCCAAAGUUUAUCAGGAAGAUAAAGGCCCCGGAUUUUAAGGACAGAGUGGUAUUUGGGGUACCUCUGCUGCUCAACGCCCAGCGUACAGGACAUGCGUUGCCAAGAGGAGUUCUGCAGGCCAUGCAGUUCCUGCGGUCAUACUGCCUCGACCAGGUUGGAUUAUUCAGAAAGUCUGGAGUGAAGUCAAGGAUCCAAGCACUACGGGAGAUGAAUGAGAAUUGCCCUGAUGGUGUGAGCUAUGAGGGCCAGUCUGCGUUUGAUGUGGCUGACAUGGUGAAGCAGUACUUCCGUGACCUCCCUGAGCCACUCUUCACUACAAAGCUCUCAGAGUCGUUCCUUCACAUAUAUCAGUAUCUGCCAACAGACCAGCGAUUACCUGCUGUCCAAUCCGCCAUCUUGCUCCUCCCAGAUGAGAACCGUGAGGCUCUGCAGUCUCUCCUGUGCUUCCUCUGUGACGUCGUGGCUUGUGUCAACGAGAACCAAAUGACUCCCACCAACCUCGCCGUCUGCCUGGCCCCAUCCCUCUUCCACCUCAACACCCUGAGAAGGGAAAGCACUUCCUCGAGGGUGGGCCAGCGGAAAUACAGUCUGGGCAAGCCAGACCAGCGGGAUCUGAGUGAAAACCUGGCAGCCACACAAGGGUUGGCGCACAUGAUUGCAGAGUGCAGUCAACUCUUCCUGGUCCCUGAGCAGUGGGCUGGGAGAAACGUGAGCUACAGUCAGCGUGUCCAUGGAUUGCACGACGCUGAGUGGCAUCGGCAUGUCAAGACGGCACUGACCAACUCAUCCCUGGGCCUCCUGAAGGAAGCGAAGGAGAAGUUUAGAAGCUGGGUCAGUUGCUGUGGAUUGGAACAUGUAGAGAUCGCAUACAAGAAGAUGGACGACAAUCAUCCUUUGCGCUUGUGGAAAGUGUCCGUUGAUGUGGAGAAGUCACCGGGGGAGAUACUGAACCGUCUACUGCGGGACCACCAGCUUUGGGAGAAAGACCUGCUCCACUCGAAGGUGGUCGAGACACUGGGCGAUGAGACUGAGAUAUAUCACCACACCAUCAGAAGCACCUUCCCCCACCCACACAGAGAUUACGUUGUUUUGAGAACCUGGCAGACUGAUUCCCAAACUGGAUUGUGUGUGUUAGCUGCCACAUCUGUGGAUGCCAAAGAUCUUCCUUUGCAAGGAGUCCAAGCAAAUGUCAUCACAUCUCAGUAUCACAUAGAACCUGUGGGAGCCUCAAGAUCGAAACUCUCUCACAUCUGUCGAAUAGACACAAGAGGCCGGACUCCAGAAUGGUACAACAAAGUAUUCGGUUAUCGCUGCGCUGCUGAACUCCUCAAGAUUAGAGAUUCCUUCAGUGCGCCCGACACUGAACUUCGAGAAACAAAUAUAUGAGCAUGUAAUCUGAAAGAACCGCAGAUGCUGGAAAUCUGAAUUCGAAUCGGAAAAUGCUGGAGAUACGCAGCUGGCCAGGCAGCAUCCAGGGAGGAAGAAACUCUUUAAUGAUUUGGGUCCAGGAUUUUAUUUUUCCUCUUCAGAACUGAAAUGUUUACCUAGUUUCCCUUAUUUUCUACGUUUCAUGAUGGAAAUGCUAUUCACUUUAAUGGCUUGGUUGCGAAAAUGGUUAAACCAAUGUGCAAAUGUGUUUUUGAAAAAUGCAUGCCAGAAAAUCGUGGAAAAACAACAAUGAUCAUUGCAAGAGAGGGGCCUCCAUAGGUGUGAUCCCAGCGGGUUUAACACUGGUUUUUAAUUUGCUGGGCUGUUUCUGGACAACAGGUGGUUGGGAGAUGGAGGGGGGGGGGGGGGGAGGGGAGGGCUGGUGGCUGGGGAGGUAAAGAGACGCGUGCUCGGUUCAGUUUUGAAGAUCGUGGGUGUCUUUUCUUCAAAGCAUCAGGUAACACCUGUGACUAACUGGAGCGUAUUGAUGGUGAAACGUUGUCCCAAGUGCGUGUAGGUUGUCCAUCCAUUCCCCCCGCCCCGUUUGCAGUGCAGUAGCAAUUCUUCCAACUUGUUUCGGUUAUCCAAAGGGAAAUAUUGAAAUCACUCGAGUUACGGACAGUUGGUCAGGGAUUGGCACACGAUCCUCGUCGCAAACUUUGUCCCAAGUGCUUGUAGGUUGUGGUGGCCCAGUUCCCCCACCUUGUGCCUAUUGCGUUUCUUCCAACUCCCCAAUGGUAAAUAUUGAAAUCACUCCAGUUACAGAUAGUUGGUCAGGAGUUCGAACCUCAUUGUCCCAAGCACUUGUGAGCACUCCCCACACCCAGUGUGGUAGCAUUUCUUCCAACUUGUUUUGGUAUUCAAUGGGAAGUCAUUCCAGUUGCAGAUAGUUGGUCAGGAGUUUGCCAGUGAUCCUCAUCGCAAACUGCCCGCUUGUAACGCUGGUCACUUGCUGUCGUCCUGGUCUUGUGCAAGAAUGUUGAACAUGGUCUUAUCAGAGGGAGAGAGAGAGAGAGAGAAAGGUCAUGGCAGAAGCCCUGAGCUUCCUCAGGAGGCUGAGACCUGUUGCCCUCCCAAUCAAUAUCUAAAACCUAGCCUUUUGACUCUUAGCUUAUCACUAAACCCACAGAGAACACCGUCUCUGCUGGCACGAUUUAAUCUCUACACAUGAGAAAAGAUGCUAAGAACUUAGCACUUUUAUAAUUGAAACUUAUUCUCAAUGAGUAAUUAAUUGUGGCUCAGAAAAUCCACCGCGGUCGGUCCCCGUAAAUAUUUUAACUUGUCCCGUUUCCCCGACCCCCAUCUCUGAAAUGUGCUAAUUUAGCAAUCCACUACGUUUGCUUUGGAGAUUUGAGUACACAUUAUACAUUGGUAAAGCCAAUAACGCAAUUCCUUUCAUUAAGCAGGGUGUCAUAGUCUGAAGGGCCGUCUGGUCUAUCUGCAUUAACUUUGACUAAUGUCACUAAGCAAUGAAGCUGGAGGUCUUCUGUUUUAUUCGGCAGUUACUCGUUAUCACAUACAAGAUUAAAAACUUCAUUAAUGUGGCCGUAACAUUAAUUUAAUUUAGCAGUGACAUGGUAUUCCCCCCCCGUCAGGCCCCCCCCGUCAGGAGAGGUACACUUUUUAUGGACUACUAUUAAUGACUUGGGGAAACUACAUCUUCAGAAAAUGAAAGUCUUGUGUGCCUGUCCCAAAUGUGUAGUUUAAUUGUGCUAUUAACUUGGGAGAAUGAAAAGUAAUGAUGGAAAUCCACAAAUUAGUUGGCAGGCAACCAGUGAGACAAGAAUGCAACAGAGGCUUUGAGUAAGAUGGGUGAGAUAAACAAAUUCUAGACGUGAAGAAUGUCAAACAUUUGGUGUUGUCCAAUGUAACAAGUUACUGGGUUUGUUUUUUUAAGAUUCGAAGUUAAAAUCUCAACUUAGAUUUGAAGUUAAGAUUGUAACUCGAAUUAAGAUAGUAUGGUGACAUUUUACUUUAGAUCCUGAAUCCUGAAGGGCUUGUCCGACUUGGGUGUCAUUUGCACGUCAUGUAGAUGGCGUGCAAAGAUUUUGUACAUCACGAAAUCCAGGGGCGCCGGGCGCGACCGAGCAUCACUGCCUACAUCACCACAGGAUUUCGGGACGUACAAAAUCUUUGCGCGCCAUCUACAUGACAUGCAAAUGACACCCAAGUGGGACAGGCCCUUCAGGAUACAAGAUCUAAAGUAAAAUGUCACCAUACCAUCUUAAUUCGAGUUGGUAAUACGCACCAUGCGUUCAUCGUGACGCCUAAAUGACGCACAUUUGCCGUCCAAGUGGGACAGCCCCUUGAUUAUCUUCCGAACCAUGCAACUGUGAAUCACUUUACAUCUCCAACAGUUUGUGACCACAGUGGGUAAGAUAAAUAUUUGUCCAUUAAAUCAGGCUGAUUAUUCGAAAACUGUUCAGUAAUUGUAGAUGGAACAAAAUUCAGGCAAAGUAACCAAGGAAAGGCUGAGUGGGUUACGCACACUCUGCCUGCAGCCCACUGUGCUCGUUUCUGUGUCCUGCCAGCGUUUACUGAUUAUAGUGGAGACACAGAAGGUACUUUCUAAAUUUGUUAGUGGCGAUGUCCAAUUGUGACAAAUCAGCUUGAAAUAAUUCCGGCCAGCGGUGAAUGGUUUAAAAAGUACAUAAUUCGGAAUAUGCAGAGCAGCUUUAGAUCAAUAAUUCAAGUCUAGCUUUACCCAAGUUGUUACACAUGAAGACAUGACAGUAAGUUAUUGGAUGAACCGUGGUAUAAAUACUUGUCCUUGCAGAUACUGGAUUGGCAAAAAAUAGCAGCUAUUUAUAUUUAAAGCGAUUUAUGACAAUUUUAUUCCAUACUGCCAAAAUUAAGAAUCAAAGUACUAUUUUAUCUAUUUAUGUAUAAUCGAUACAUUUUGUACUUCACUUAUGUAAAUAUUUACUGCAUUUGUAAACUGAAUGUUCAAUAGUUCGCUAUCCCAUUUAUUGAAAAUGUAAUGACAACUGUUUAAUGUAGGAUUGUAUAUAAUGUGGUAUAAAUCUUCAAUUGCACCA